AUGGAAGCCUGCGACAGCGAGGCCGGUCGAACAGGUCGCACAACAGUGUGGCGUUCAGUGGGCUGGCGGAUCAUUGCUCUCUCCCUCUCCCUUUACGGCCUCCUGUACCUGUACGAGAAACUGACCUGGACAGAUGCCAGCAGGGAGCGUGCUUUGAAGCAGCAGUUUGUGCAGCAUGCAUCCCACCGCCUGAGAACUGUUAUUCCUGUCACCAGCCACGCCUGCAGCCAGCAGGUUUUGAAGGAGCUGUCAUCGACGUAUGGUCGCAUGGUCCAGAGAGUCGACCUGAGUGAAGCUGAGCUGGAGGGAGACAUCCAGCAGCUCAGCUUCAAGAUACAGAGGCUGGAGAACAUCCAGAGGAAGUCCAAGGCCUUCAGGAACAGAGCGGCAGAGCUGGAGGCUCAGCUGGAUGCCUUUUCUGCUCAGUAUCUGCAGGGAAGCUACUUUGUAGGAUAA